CUUCCCCUGUCUUGCGGGCUGGAAAUGGUACAGUCCUCUUUCCAGCCGGCUGGCAGCUCGGUGGAUGUUGCUAGAAUGUAAAAGCAUCAGCGGAGGCUGCAGCGACUGCAUCCAGCCACCCUACGACCAGGCAGACACCGACCAGGCGUGACAGGCGCUCCCUCUCCCCGGCUCACCCCGGCGCAGCCCAGGAGUCUGCGUCACAAGCAAGGCACCAUGACUCAGGGGAAGCUCUCCGUGAACAACAAGCCUCCCAACUCCAAUGGGCAAGAAGACAAGAGGGACAAUGCGGUGGCCCCCUCAGCACCCCCCAGCUACGAGGAGGCAACGUCAGGGGAAGGAAUGAAAGCGGGGGCCUACCCCACUCCGCCUUCAGUGCCGCUCCAUCCCAGCUGGGCCUACGUGGACCCAAGUACCAGCCCAAGCUAUGGCAGUGGAGGGUACCCAGGGGACACCGAGAUGCUCACCACCUUCAGCUGGGAUGACAGAAAUGUGCGCAGAGUGUUCAUCAGAAAGGUUUAUGCCAUUCUCAUGGUCCAGCUGCUGGUCACGGUCAACAUCGUGGCUUUCUUCACCUUCUGUGAUCCGGUCAAAGACUACAUCCAGACCCACCCAGCCUGGUACUGGGCCUCCUAUGCUGUGUUCUUCGUGACGUACAUGAUUCUGGCUUGCUGCUCUGGACCCAGGAGGUAUUUCCCAUGGAAUCUGAUCCUCUUGAGUAUCUUUACGCUCUCCAUGUCCUAUCUCACUGGGAUGCUCUCCAGCUAUUACGACACUAAGUCAGUCCUCUUGUGCCUGGGAAUCACAGCCCUGGUGUGCCUCUCUGUCACCAUCUUCAGCUUCCAGACCAAGUAUGACUUCACCUCCUGCCAGGGCGUCCUCUUCGUGAUGCUGAUGGUGCUGGUCUUCGGUGGAAUCAUCAUGGCUGUGAUUCUCCCCUUCCAAUAUGUCCCCUGGCUCCAUGCUAUAUAUGCGGUACUGGGUGCAAUCCUCUUUACCAUGUUCCUGGCGUUUGACAUGCAGAUGCUGAUGGGGAACCGCCGGUAUGCACUGAGCCCGGAGGAGUAUAUCUUCGGUGCCCUCAACAUCUACCUGGACAUCAUCUACAUCUUCUCCUUCCUCCUGCAGUUCUUUGGCUCGAGCCAGGAGUGAGCGCAGCCAGGAGGCUCCUGCUGCCCCCUGACAACGCACAAACAUGUCAAAGAAAAAAGAGAAAACAAAGAAAAUAGAAAAAAAUAACCAACCUUUUUGGCCCCUUAGGCUCCAUUCCAUCAACUGAGCACAGCUCCCUGGGUUCCUUCUGCAGCUUGUAUAUAUGCUGUUAACCCUCUGUGACUUGGAAAGCAAACUAGGGCUUCAAUGCUAUGCCUCCCCUGUCUGUGCCCUGAAAUCAAACUUGAGCUGGGGCUGUAGGAGGAGUAGGGCACCAGUCCAGAGGCUUGCUCUUCCAAAGGCAGCAGAUUUCCCCAUCUAGAUUUCAGUAUGUUGCCUGCUACUGAGAAGUUCAGACUCACUUGGAGAGGAUGGGGGUUGGGAAUGGGUUGGGUCCCUGGCAGGGCAAUUGGCUGGGGCAAAGAAGAGACUAGGUGAAGGGAUCCUUGGAUCUGAGGGGUUUUAAGAUGCCCUAAACACUCACCCUUGCUCCCUUCCUGUCUGCACUUGUGUACAGAAUCACACGCCUUUUAGCAGUAACUCAGCCCAAAAGAAAGUGAUGCCUCUUAGACAGGCUUAGGUGCAGGAGAUGUACCCGCUGGGUGCAAAGAUGGUUGCUGUUCAUCUGAUGUAGCCCCAUAAAAGACCUCAUAAAUUAUCUCCUCUGUUUCCCUUCCAUGUGAUUCCCCAUCAAAGGCUAUACCCCAGGCCAGCUCUGUCUGGUCACUGAUGCCACUGACCUAUACCUAGGGCAUGAUUAGACUGGGGCUGUUUUAAGGCCUAGAUUACUGAUGUGGGAGUCAGGACCAUAUGGAGGGUAGAAAAGCCUGGCUCAGUAUUGUUCAAUGGGGAGAGAAAGGGCCAUGGCAGGAUCCUGACUUCAUGGGAGAGGAGGUCCUGGGAUGGAAAAGGUGGCCAGGGAGAAAACAGUGAGGCCAGACCCAGACUUGCAUGUCCACCAUAUGGGAUCCAGGACCUUGGGCUAUCUUCACCCAUGGCAUAUACCUGGGUGAAUGUCCCCAGCUUGGAAAAGGACAAAGGGUCUUGGACCACAGUGCAAUACAGGCAUGCCCCAUGGGUGGCUUUCUGGGCAGCAGGUUGGACCUAGGGAGCUGGAGAAGUUGUCUUUGCUGUGCAUGGAGAAUGCUCUACCCCCACCUGUAUGGGGUAGCUUGAAUGCCAUUGACCAAGCCUCCAUGGCCCCCACUUCCAUGACUCCAACCCUACUCCUUUCUCCUUUUGGGUGCUCUGGCCACUGAGUAAGGCAGAGGGGCAGCAGAAGGCCAUUUCUGAGCUACUGAGACUGUGGGGAAUGUUACAGCUCAUAAAUAUUGGAGUCGUGUUCAUUUUGCAUGACCCAGGAACUGCAGAGAGUGCCAAGAACAUGCUCCAUAAAGCAGGAUCUCCAUGCGACAGCUUGGGCCCCUGCUGUGUAUGAAUUUGCAUCCAGCGUGGAUUCCUCUCCCUGCUCUUUGCUGUACCACUGCCCGGGAACGCAUGUGGUACCCCAGGAACAAGGUGGACCCCACAGCAUGUUACUCAGCCCACUGCUUGACCGUAGCAGCAAGGGCAUCCCGAAUGGAGGCUGCUGCAGUGUCAGAUUUUGAGGAUGGAGAAGGAUCUGAGUUGCAUCCAGACAGGACAUCCCUUAAUAAUAAUAAUAAUAAUAAUAAAAAAAAAAAAGUCCAUAUCACCAGCAAGGAUUUUUUUUUUAAAGGAGCUACUCAGCAUUUUCUCUCCCAUCGUUGCAUCUUCAAGGGAAUCCAGCCCAGGUCCUUAGAAGAUGAUCUGAGCUAAGCACGACCGAUGCUUCAAGAAGUGCCCAAGAUGUACACCUGUCCCUAAGGACCACUGCGGUGACAUUCAGUAGAUCCAUCUGGAAUGGGGCCCAGGUUUACAAAGCCUGCUAAGAGAUGCAGAGCACUCCUCCUGACUCACCCUGGCAGCCAGGCCAGGCAGGUCCUAUUAGCAGCCACCCAAGCUAGAAAAACCAUUUGCUAUUUAAGAGGUUGUGUGAGAAAUCCCCAAGGAGCACCUGGGUGAAGCUGAGCAGGUUGGUGUCUGAAGAGCAGGGCCGGGAGGGGAGGAGUGGACUAUUUAAAAGGUUCAGUGAACUG